CAGGAAUAUUUCUAAUUCAUAGCCCUUCAUUCACAGGUUGAUUGUGGCCAGUGUAUUUGGUACGACCAUUGUGGGAUGAGUGAACGUGGUUACCUCAACUGUGCCUACAAUGGCACCGCCAAACGCAUAUCAAGAGCAGGCAUCAGUAUACUCAAUCAAACAUGUCCAGAACUUGUCUCAGAAUUCAUGACUGAAGAUGGCCAUCUUGACACGUGUUGCAAUGAUAAACAGGCACUCGCCCUGUCUCGAUCUUUAGAUAUGAUGAAGAUGUUUCUUGUGCGCUGUCCAGCAUGCAUGAGAAAUAUGCGCAUACCCUUUUGCUACAUGACAUGCUCUCCACAACAAGCAGAUUUCCUCGAGCCAGUCAAAUAUGAUCCUGUAACAGUAGCACAAAAAGAAGGAAAUCACACAGUUACAGAUAUGAAAUUCUAUCUAUCAAAGGAUUUUGUGGAAAAGGUUUAUGCCUCCUGUAGAGAUGUUGUUUCACCAUCCACCAAUGACAGAGUCAUGGGUUUGUUUUGUGGGCAUUGGGGUGCUGCACGUUGCACUGGAGAGCGACUCUUUAAUUAUUUGGGAAACUAUAACAACAAUGUUCACACCCCAAUAAACAUCCAGUACCAGUACUUGAGAGACCUUGAAGAGAGUCCUGAGGGCAUCUUACCUUUGAAUCAAACUGCACAACCUUGCAAUUUAGAGUUAGAGGGGAGUAUAGCUUGCUCAUGUGCUGACUGUCAGAGUUCAUGUCCCAUCAUACCUGACACUUGGGAUGCGCCUGGUGAACCGUGGAUAAUGUUUGGCUAUGAUGGCCUGGCUGUGGCAAUGGCUCUUACUGCAGUCUUAUUUUCUGUCACCUUCUUGGUGAUAUUUGCUUAUUGCCACAAGCGGAAUAAGAGAUACACUGCGGUGAUGGUAGAACGUAGUAUGCGAAACCCAGAAGAAAUACGAACAGCUGUUGGGCGACGUCUAGCACAUCUCUCUGACCCCCAAGCUCAGUUUGCUGGAGAAGAUGAAAACUCUUUGCUUCAUGGACGUCCUACUACAGAAAUGCCAGAGGUUGUAAUGCAUGAUGAGCUCUCCAUAUUUGAGCGCAUCACAAACUGGACACAGACGACUGUAGAUCAUCUUUUUACCAAGUGGGGCACGUUAUGUGCUUAUCACCCAUGGAAGGUGAUGGGGAUUGGCCUGAUUGUGGCUGCAUCAUUGUGUGUUGGCAUCAUCUUCCUACAAAUUACUACUGAUCCCGUGGACUUGUGGGCUGCUCCUAAUUCACGUGCUCGCAUUGAGAAGGACUAUUAUGAUGAGAAUUUUGAGCCUUUCUAUCGUACUGCCCAAAUUUUCAUUCGUCCAGUUGGCAUUGAAAGCUUUGAACUGGAUGGUGACACCUUUGGCCCAGUGUACAACAAGACCUUCCUCCUUGAAGUCUUAAGAUUUCAAAACUACAUUACAGAAGAGAUGGUAGCAGAGGUUAAUGAGAAAAGUGUGUACCUGUUUGACAUUUGUAACAAACCUCUUGCCCCUGACAACAACAACUGCAACAUCCAGUCUAUACUUAAUUUUUGGCAGAAUGAUGAAGCUGUAUUCAAUAAAUCAAAUGAGCAACAUGCAAACUUAUGUAUUGGAAAUGCAUACCAGGAGCAUUGCAUGGGAUCAUAUGGUGGUCCUGUUCUUCCACAUGUAGCUCUUGGUGGAUUUCUACAGUCAAAUGAAACUCUGUCUGAUGACCCAGACUAUUUAAAGGCAAAUACCCUUGUCAUCACAUUGCCUAUCAACAACUUUUUCAACAAAUCAUUGCUCAAACCUGCUCUGGCAUGGGAAAAAGUAUUCAAUGAAUAUAUGCUCAAGUACUCUCACCCCAUGAUGGACAUAGCUUUCCGCUCUGAGCGAUCCAUUGAGGAUGAACUGGAACGAAUGAGCAAGUCUGAUGUUCCUACUGUCAUUAUAUCAUAUAUUAUUAUGUUCCUCUACAUUGCACUGGCACUGGGACACACCAACCAACUUACUCGCCUCUUGAUCUCCACAAAAGUAACUCUUGGCCUGGGAGGUGUUCUCAUUGUGCUGGUGUCAGUGUUUGCGGCCAUUGGAUUUUAUGGUUACGUGGGGGUACCUUGUACAAUGCUUAUCAUUGAGGUGAUCCCAUUCUUGGUACUGGCAGUAGGGGUUGACAACAUCUUUAUUCUUGUGGAAGCGUAUGCUGGGUUGGACCGCACGGAAGAAGACACACGGCCACAGCUGAUUGGUCGAGCUGUUGGGGCUGUUGGCCCCUCUAUGUUGUUGUCUUCAAUUUCUCAGUCAUGUUGCUUUUUCUUGGGUGCUCUCUCUGACAUGCCAGCUGUGCGAGCAUUUGCAAUGUAUGCUGGAAUGAGUUUGUUGAUCAACUUUGUUCUUCAGAUGACACUCUUUGUAUCACUCUUCUCCCUCGAUGUCACCAGAGAAGAGGACAAUCGGUUUGAUGUCUGUUGCUGCAUACGGCAAAGCAAAGUGCAGAGGGACUCGGAUACCCGGUUCUUGCACAAGGUAUUUGAAACUACCUAUGCACCUUUCCUCAUGCGUCCAUGGGUUCGCGCAGUGGUAAUAGUUGUCUUCAUGUUUUGGCUGUGUGCGUCUGUGGCAAUGGUUCCCCACAUUGAAGUUGGUCUUGAGGAAGAGCUCUCUAUGCCUGAUGACUCAUAUGUGUUGAAAUAUUUUGAGUAUCUUGAGAAGUUUGGCUGUGUUGGUGCUCCUGUGUACUUUGUUCUCAAACAUGGAUACAAUUUCUCUGAUUAUGAUAUGCAGAAUAAGAUUUGUUCACAUCUUGGCUGCAAUAAAGAUGCAAUGCUAAUUCAACUGAAGUUGGCAUCUCAAAUUCCAAAUAGAACAUUCAUUGCUGUGCCUUCGAGUGCAUGGAUUGAUGAUUACUUUGAGUGGUCAUUAGAAGGAAAAUACUGCUGUCGUCUCCAUAAUAAUGAAAGCUUCUGCAGGAGAGAGCCAGAAGAUGAUAUGAGAUUAGAUGACCCUGAUUUUGAUACACCUGAUGAUCAAGUUGUAGUAACAGAAGAACCCAUUACUUAUGGCGGACCAGACUUUGAUGAAGUCUAUAAUGAUAAUGAGAACUAUGAUUACAAUUAUGGGGACUUAGAAUAUGACUACUAUUCAGAUGGUACUGCCAAAAAGAAGCUAAAGCCAACUAAAGUACAUUCAGUCAUUGGUGAUGUUUAUAAUUAUGAUUAUACCUAUGGAGAUAAAAGUAUCGAUUAUGGUGAUGAUGACGAUAAAGUGGUUCCUAUUACAAAAGCUCCAUCUCGCCAAACACAUAUGGAUGAUGGAUGGCCAGACUACAAUGAGGAUCCUAUAACUUCCACAUCAAAACCUAAGCAUGAGGACAACAAACCAAUAAAGAAAAAUAUUAGAAAACGCAGAAACUCACCAAAUGCCUGCCACUCGUGUCCCAUCUCUCCACUUGCCAACAACCCUUUCCGCCCAGACCCUGAAGUGUUCAACCAGUAUCUUCCAAUGUUCCUGAAAGAUAACCCUGACAAGUAUUGCCCUAAGGCAGGACAUGCUGCUUAUGGUCAGGGUGUGAAAAUACGCUAUGACGAGUCUGGGAAUCCUGUGACUGGAGCAAGUGUGUUUAUGACUUAUCACACAGUCAUGCGGAAUAGUAAGCAAUUCUAUGAGGCUCUACGUGCAGCUCGGGCCAUAGCAGACAAUAUUACUCGAACACUAAACCUUGUGGAGAAAGAUGGAAAAUUAGUGCCAAGUGGAGAAACAAAAUAUGAAGUGUUCCCAUACAGCGUGUUUUAUGUCUUCUAUGAGCAAUACUUGAACAUCUGGGAAGACACAGUGCGGAUGCUAGGGAUCUCCGUGGUUGCAGUGUUCUGCAUUACACUGAUAAUGAUGGGCUUUGACUUUGCCUCUUCACUCAUUAUCAUGGUCAUGGUUGUACUUAUCAUCACCAACAUGGGUGGUCUGAUGUACCUCUGGGAUAUUUCUCUCAAUGCCAUCUCCCUUGUAAACCUCAUUGUAGCCAUUGGUAUCUCAGUCGAGUUCUGCUCACACACUACCAGAGCGUUUGCUGUCAGUGAAGCAGACACCAGAAUUGUCAGAGCAAAGAGGGCUUUGGUACGCAUGGGUCCAUCAGUGCUGUCUGGUAUCACACUCAGUGACAUGGGUGUUGUAGUUCUUGCCUUUGCCAACUCCAAAAUAUUCCAGAGUGUUAUUUUUGGCUUUAUUAUUUUGUAUUAAAAACUAUCUUUCUUAGCAUAGUAUAUUGCUAUAAAUUAGGUUAAAAUUUAGAAGCCUUAAUGAGCAAUGAUUACUACAGGUUGACAACCCUUUAUAUGAAAUUCCGAAAACCGAAAGUUUUUUUGUGGAGCAUUUUUUUUUUUUUUUUUUUUAAACAGGGAUUAGCCCACCCA